AUGGGCAACUACUUGAGCCGGAGGAGCGCCGAGGAGCGGCUCGAGGCCCGGGUCGCCUACCUCGAGGCGGAGAACGCGUCGCUGCGGCGCGCCGCGUCGCGCGGCGACCUUCGCGCGCCGCACCACCGGCCGCGGCUCCCGAGCUGGGACUGGGAGUUCCGCAUCCCCAGCGACGUGCUCAUCCUGUGCCUGUCGCGCGUGCCCUUCGACGACCUGGGCAGCGUGCGCGCCUGCUGCGGCCGCUGGCACCGCAUCGCGCGCGAGGAGUCGUUUGCGCUCGAGCGGCGGCAGACAGGGCAGGACAAGGGUGAUUCAACGCGGCGGAGCGGCUUCGCGGAGAGCCGCUGA